AUGAGCAGUGAAUUACUGAUUGGAUCGUUUAUUAUGGGAACUCCGAGGACAUCAGUGGCCCUUCUUCUUCAGCUGGCUGCAUGCAUGGCCGCUCCGGUGCCGUGUGAGGACAAGGUGGUCAGUUUGAAAGUGGAGAUCCAGGGUCUGGUGAAUGUCAUCAAUGACCAGCACCUCUACAUCCAGGAGCUUCACAACAGCCAGGCCCAGCAGCUGGAGAACAUUCCCAACUUACACCUGGGUCCCGAGAACCUGUACAGAGACUGUUCUGAGGUGUUUGCAGACGGUAACGUGGCCAGUGGGCUCUAUGUGAUCAUCCCUGACGGCUCUCCAACUUCUCUGAGUGUUUACUGUGACAUGAGCAAUGGAGGAGGAUGGACCGUCUUUCAGAGGAGGAGAGACGGCAAAGAGAUCUUUGACAGAGAAUGGGUGGAGUAUAAGCACGGAUUUGGAGACCUCUACUCCCCCGAUGGAGAAUUCUGGCUGGGAAAUGAACCUCUACACUAUCUCACCUCCCAAGGAAACUACGACCUACACAUUGACAUGGAGGACUUUGAGGGAAAUCAACGCUUUGCAGAGUACAAGAACUUCAAAGUGGACAAUGAAAAGGACGAGUACCAGAUUCAUUUGGGAGAGUACACUGGGAAUGCAGGGGACGCGCUGGUUGAUGUUCACACUCCCCCCUCUACUGGGCAGAAAUGGACAGGACCAAGUGGGGUCAAAUUCAGUACCUUAGGUGAGCCGAACAACAGCGAUCAGGAAAAUAGCAACGCCCAGUGUAUCAGACACAGCAAGUCAGGCUGGUGGUUUAGCAGGUGUGAUUCAGGGAAUCUAAACGGCAAUUACUACAAAGGGCCAUCCCAAGCCAUGGCUGAGGACGAGGUGGUGUGGUAUACAUGGCACGGUUGGUGGUACUCCAUCAAAUCUGUAGUCAUGAUGGUGCGAGCUACUGACCUCAAGCAUCUACUGCCAGUCAUUGCACCUUUACUUGGGCAACUUGACAGCAUAGGCAGUGAUGUUGACGCUGCUCCUGGCCAAUAGGCUGAGAACAAGUGAGGAAACAGCGUGGGUCCACUCACUGGAGCUGAGAAACUCUCUUUUUUUUUUUUUUUUAUCUUUUCACAUUUCUUACAGGUGACAAACUGGGUGAAGACAGUGACAGUUUGACUUUGACCAUUGUAUUCAUUUCAUAAUUUGAAAUAAAAUAAUGUUGAUUUUAA